AUGGGGGCAAGGGGGAUUACCGGCAUUAAUGUAUCUGUCUGUGUGUUGUAUCUGUUUGUUACGAGUGUUGUUUGUUUACAGGUCGUGCCGAAUAUUUUGCAGCAGGGCGGACAGGAGGACCGUGGUGAGAAUGCGCGUAUGCAAUGUUAUAUAGGAGCUAUAGCGAUUGGUGAUAUGAUGAAAUCGACGUUGGGUCCGCGUGGGAUGGACAAGAUAUUGAUGCCCAUGGGUGGUGAGGGUGGGUUUGUUCAGAAGCAGGCGGUAACGAAUGACGGUGCUACUAUAUUGAAUUCGAUAUGGAUAGACAAUCCUGCGGCUCGUAUUUUGGUAGAUGUAUCGAAACGUCAGGAUCAAGAGUGUGGGGAUGGUACGACAGGUGUUGUAGUGUUAGCUGCAGAGUUGUUACGUGUUGCAGAGAAGUUAGUUGACCGUCGUGUGCAUCCACAGACGAUUAUAUCUGGAUUCCUAAUGGCUUUGGAAACGGCUAAGGAGUGUUUGGUGGGUGUUAGUUUUCAGAGCACAGAUGACGCGCAAUUGAGGGAGAACUUGAUGCGUAUUGCUAAGACGACAUUGAGCAGCAAGAUAUUGAGUCAUGACAAGGAACAUUUUGCGGGACUCGCUGUGGAGGCGGUAAUGCGGCUUAAGAACAAGAACAACUUGUCGCUCAUCCAAAUUCUCAAAAAAAAAGGUGGCAUAUGCAGUGAAAGCCGAUUAGAUGAGGGGUUUAUCCUGGAGAAAAGAUUCAGUACCGGUCAUCGUAAACGCAUUGAGGACGCAAAAAUCAUGGUCGCAAACACGCCUAUGGACACGGACAAAAUUAAGAUUCUUGGCGCUAAAGUGAAUGCUGAAGAUUUUGAUACAGUAGCAAAUAUUGAACAGGCCGAGAAAGAAAAGAUGAAGCGAAAGGUGGAGAAGAUCGCCGCACAUGGUUGCAACGUGUUCAUUAAUCGUCAGUUAAUUUAUAACUAUCCCGAACAAUUAUUGAAGGAACGUGGUGUGUCAGCUAUCGAACACUCCGACUUUGACGGUAUGGAGAGACUGGCCGCAGCGCUAGGUGCUGAAAUUGUAUCCACAUUCGACUCGCCCGAGAUGGUCAAGUUAGGCACUUGCCGUCUGGUUGAGGAAGUGCUCAUAGGAGAAGAAAAGGCCGUACGUUUCUCCGGCUGUGAACAACCGGAGGCAUGCACGAUCAUACUACGCGGUGCUAACGAACAUGUGCUGGAUGAGGCCGAACGUUCACUUCAUGAUGCUCUCGCCGUGGUAGCACAGACCUGCCAACAACCACUUGUCGUCUGUGGUGGUGGCGCCGCCGAAAUGGCCAUGGCCGGCGCUGUGGAAAAACGCGCACAAACCGUCGAGGGCAAGGCUGCACUCGCCAUGCAGGGCUUCGCUGACGCAUUACGCGCCAUCCCAACCGUCCUCCUCGAUAACGGCGGCUUCGACAGCGCAGAAAUCGUCGCCAAACUACGCUCCUGCCACGCAUUCGACAGCCACUUCGGCGUAGACAUCGCUGCUGGUGACGUCGGCAAUAUGCGCGAACUAGGCGUCUACGAAUCCUACAAAGCAAAACACGCGCAACUCUGUGCUGCCGUCGAAGCAGCCGUACAAAUCAUCCGAGUAGAUAACGUCAUCCGCUGCGCUCCCAGGCAACGACAAGAAGAAUAA